CUAUAUUCGAUAAUCAAAAUGGAAAACGCAGUUGCUGAAAAGAUCAGAACUCUCUAUAACAGGCCUAAGAAACAGAGAUUAUUCAGCUUGUCUCCGCCCCAGAGAGCGCUUCCCUCUCUAAAGGAGGCCAAGUCGAGGAGACUCAAGGAAUUUGAUGUCCAGAAAUGGAUGAUGAAAAGAAAGAGCAAUCAGAAAUUUAAUGAAAAUGACAAUGAGUUUGGAAAUGAUGAGGCAUUAAUUGAAGAACUUCCUUCCUGGAGAACGAAGAGUAAAGAGUCUUUGUACAGUAAGGCUAGUGCAAAUCAGAGCAAGGAGCUCAAACCCUCAGAUGUCAUUGGGAAAGUCGAAAUUGAAACUUUCAAAAUGGAGAUCAAGACUUACCUAAAUUGCACUCAUAAAUAAAGUGAUGAUUGCUGAUCUGAGCAAAAUGAAGAAAGGAGAUGAAGAGUAUCUUAAAAGCCUGAACUCCAGAAAAAAUAAGAGAAGAGAGGUACUAUCACCUGGAGUAUACAGGCCUUCUAAAUUACUCGAGGUGAACACAAAUCGGUUUAGAGAGACUCUUAGUCCUAUGCCCCCUCAUGCAAAUGCAAUCAUGAGCAGUCCGAAUGUGCGAAAGCGGAGGGAUGUCGUGCUUAAGAAAAAUCCUCAGUUAAAAAAGUUUAUCAUGGAGAGGAAGACCAUGAAACAAAAUCAAGCUCUAACCAAGACAGUCAGGUCUCCAUGCCCAGAAAAAUUCCAGAAGCAUAAGUCAUACUUUAAGGACAGCUCUAAGCUGAUCGAUAGAGUAAAGCUGAAGAACAUGGAGCCUGUUUCUAAGAACAUAACGAAUCUGCACUCUGAGAAUUUGAAAUCCGAGUUUAAGGGCAAGAUUAAGAAACCUAGAAAACUUCAUCUCAAGAUAGAUGAUGGACGUAUGAAAACGUACCUGAAAUCCAUCCUUCCAGAGCUUCCGUCUCAUAGAGAGGAAAUAGCGAAAAAUAGACCAAAAAUAGUUAUCGAAGAGAACUAAGGUACUUUAGUACUAAAGUAAUAUUCCAUUAUGAUAAUAUCACCAUAAAUUAUAUGCUUCAAUAUUUUUU